AGGAGGGGCACCUGACACUCUACAGGAGAGGCACCUGUACAUCGGCUUACUGUAGCCAGCUCCGUUUUUUUCCGCUCUGCGGAAAAUUCUUUAAGGGUCUUUGGUGGGAAGCCGGUUACUAAACUCAGGUGGGAGUGUUGGUGUCCCUCUCUGCUGGGGCUUGGGAAGGGCGUCCACCGGAUCUAAUUGGAAACUUCAAGUUUCUGUCUCAAAGGAAAUUUUGUUCCUUUUCUUUCAUCGCCCAACCUUGGGCAACAAAUUUUCCUGGUACCAUCGAGAAACCGGACUCGAUACGGCUUAUGCUGUCAGUGGUCCUUAUAAACCCAACAAAGAAAGAAGAAAGAAGAGGAAAAUGGAUUAUUUUUUACUAUAAGCUGUAUUGAGGUUCUAUACAUAAGGUUUUACAGACUAUUGUGCAGUUAUACAGUGUAUUAACGUUGGUAGAAUUAACCACAAUAUGUUAGGUAAACGGACACAAGUGCAAAUAAUGUGACAUUUACUGUGGCAACGAUUCGUUCUCCAGGAGCUGUUCCCUUUAUUUAACAGUUAAUACAGUGAUAUUUAAGUAAGAGUGUGCAUUUAUCAUGGCUGAUGAAACAUUGGCUAAGGCUGGGCUGUAUUUUGAUGAGCUCAACAAAAUCCGUGUCUUGGAGCCGGAGAUUGCUCACCAGACAACAGAACUUAAGGAUGAGUGCAAAGAAUUUGUUGAUAAAAUUCGCGACUUUCACGAAAGAGCUGAUCAUUUUAUUCAAGUUGCUGACACACUGAGCUCAGCUGUGGAGUCGGAAAAAAUGAGAGCUAUCGGCUCACGAAAUUUGAUAAAGAGCAUGAGUAAGCAGAGGGAGGCUCAGCAGCAGCAACUAUUGGCCUUGAUUGGAGAAAAGAAACUAGAAUUGGAAAGACUGCGUGUCCAGUAUGAAUCACUUCAACGCAUGGAUGCUGAGCAACUUGAAUUUAUAGAGCAGUUUAUAAUGCAGAAGUGAAAUGUAGGUUGUGCAGUUUAUUUACACCUUAUAUGCCUUACAUAAAGGUGGAGUGGUAUUAAUUUAGUUUCUUGUGCAGUUUUUACUUUUUAUAUAUUCUUACUUUUGUAAAGGCAUUGACACUUGGUACUAGACUAGAGCACAACAUGUUAAGAACUGGAGAAGGUGCAGAAGUAUGCAGUGUGACUUGUUCCAGAGCUUAGAGAGGUAUGAACUGUGAGGAGAGGCUAAUGGUACUGAAUCUAAUGAUGGGGGAGGACAGGAGACACAGGGGAGAAAUAAUAAUAUACAAAAUUCUCAAGAGGAAUUGAUAGGGAUGACAGGGACAGGCUGUUGAAGAGGUGAGAAACAGUACUUGGGGUUAUAGUUAGAAGUUAAAGACACAGAUUAGCCAAAGGAAUGUCAAGAAGUAUAUCUUCAGUCUCAGAGUGGUUGGAAAGGAAAAAUGAUCUCAGUGAAGUGGUGGAAGUAGGCUCCAUACAGUUUUAAGAACAGAUACAAUAGGGCCCAUAAGGUUGGGGAAUGGGGUGAAUCCAGGAGCUAAGACUUGAGUGCUACAACCACAUCUAAGUGAGUACAUGAAUAAACAAAUUUUUGGCUUGCCAAAUCUUCCUUCCUUAGCAAAUUCCUUGACUUGACCUUUACAGUUAUCAUAUGUUCAGGUCACCCUGCACCUCUCCUAUGGUCUUCACUCUGCCUAUGUAUUCUCACAUGUUCCUUGUACAGUACUCUCGACAGACUUGAAAAGGCUUAGCCUUCAAUUGAAAGGUCUCGGUAAAAUUAUUCUGCCUUUGUGUCUGCUUUGCAAUUUAAUGGUAUUUUAUACCUCUUAAGCCCUACCUACAUGAAACCUGUGAAAUUUGUGAAUAAUUCUGCAGUGCAAAACUAGUGGCCACUGUAUGCCUAUAAUAAUCAUGUACUUAAUGCAACCUCUGUAUGAUUUUCCUGUAAAAAAUAUGUAUAAAUUUAACCUAAAUAAAGUUUACUUGUCAUAAGAA